AUGACAACCUCCACCUCCCUCCCCGAUCUAGAACUCGACACAAUCCCCAUCCUCUACUCGCUCCUCUCACGCCUACAACCCCCAACCAGCACCUCCACCGGAACCCCCGCCGCAACACCUCUGCCCGCGUCGGAAAAUGGCACUCUCACAAUCAAAAACAUUCCCAUGGAAACGGACAAGAUCAAACACAAGCUCUUAGAGUCGGCGGCGAAGGUCAAGGGGCUACCUGAUAUGGAGCGGACGAUUGAGGAGCAGGAAGCAGAGAUUAGGGAGUGGGAGGAGAGGAUUGAGAAGCAGAGAGAGAUGUUGAGGGCGCUGAGGGAUGUGGGGGAGGUGGAGAGGAUGAAAAGGGGGAAUUGGAUGGAGGGAUGA